UAACACUACUGUCUGCUCACUCCGUUACAGAACCAGGCAGAGAUGUUGUCUGCUAUUCGGUGUAAUCUUCUACCAGUUAUCAAACUUUACCUGCUUGGUUUGAAGGUUCUGUUGGUUCAGCUGUUCAGCAAACCUUUCAGGUUGCCAGUGAUGCCCAGACAAGAUGGCAAGGUUGCCAUAGUGACAGGAGGAGUCAGGGGAAUCGGCUAUGAGGUAGCCUGCCACAUGGCCAGACUGGGGGCGCAUGUUAUCAUAGGUGGGAGGGAUGAGCAAGGCGGUCUGGAAGCCGUCAGAAGGAUCUGUGAAGAGUGCAAAGAGGCCAAAGUGGAGUUCACGAGACUGGACCUAGCCUCUUUGCAGUCUGUCCGUCAAUUCGUCCAGAGUUUCAAGGAGCGGGACCUGCCGCUAAACAUCCUGAUCAAUAAUGCGGGUGUCAUGCUGGUUCCUGAGGGCCGUACUGAGGAUGGAUUUGAGCAGCACUUUGGCGUGAACUACCUAGGCCACUUCCUGUUGACCUGGCUGCUCCUGGACACACUGAAGGGUUCUGGGAAAUGUGGUUGCUUUUCCCGCGUGGUCAACGUCUCCUCCUCUGCCCACAGCAUCGGCGAGAUGAGACUAAAUGACCUAAAUAGCUGCGAGUGUUAUUCAGCCCAUGCUGCUUACUGUCAGAGUAAGAAGGCGCAGCUGUUAUUUAGUUCCCACCUCCACCAGGAGCUUCAGCGUGGAGGUUUCCCACUGAGUUCAUGUGCUGUGGAUCCUGGCAUGGUGGACACUGCUCUUUAUCGCCACCUCUGGACUCCCAUCUGCCUGGCACAGAGUGCCAUUGCUCGCUUGCUUUUCAAGACUCCUGCAGAGGGUGCUGCCACUGUGCUGUACGCUGCUCUGUCACCCACCCUGGAGGGGGAGUGCGGAGGAGGCUACUGGGCCAAUGGGUGCAGGGAGAUGACAACACCACCAACCUUUGACCCCCAGCUGCAGCUGAGCCUAUGGGAAACCAGCCUCCAGUUGCUGGGCCAGCAGUAGCAUGGGACUAAAGGACGGCUAACUGGGCUAAACCUCAAAGAAAACAUCAGAUAAAGACCCUUAACUCGGGGCAAACCAGCCACCUUCUCCUUCACCCUUUUUGUCAGUAUUUUCUCUCCGCCCAUACCUCACAUCGAGGCGUUCGUAGUGAUUUAUGUUGACAAUCUCACAAUCCUCUGCUGGACUGUGAUUGGUUAUUUUUGGAGUGAAGACCUCCCUUUUUGUUCUAUACCCGCCAAUGGAAAAUGUUUUUGUUUUUCACUACGAGUAAUCUAACAUUUACAUACACGUACAAACACACUCGAGGGUAAUAUCGAUUAUAUGAUUUUGCUGUCGUAGAAACUGGGCAGAUAUCAGAUAUCAGUUGUCAUCCGUCUCUGGUCACAAGUUUAUUCCCUGAUCAUAGCUAACAUCCGAUAUGGCCAGAGAUAUCAUUCCACAGUGUCAAUCUGCAAUGACACCUGCCUCACUUUGCCUUAAUGUCAUUAGUCGAGAUGUCAGUGAAGAAGUUCAUUGUCCCUCAGUGAAGUAAAUGCAGUUUUUGAGGCUCUUCUAUACUAAAUAUCUGAAUCUAGGCAGACAUGAAAACACUUUUUGUGCAUAGAAGUAAUUCAUUUCAAAAGGUGUAUUUUGCUGUAGUAUACUGGCUUCAAAAUCACGUCGAUCAAGCCCUCACACACACACACACACACACACACACACAUUCAUGCACCAUGACAAUGAUCAAAUCUGAACCCGCCUUGCCGUGGCGGGGAAUGUGAUGUCAUUACUUUACUUUGACACAUCACAAUGAUUUCUCAGAUUGUCUUGCCAUCCCACUCAUUUGCCUGGAAGCACUUUGUUUUUUCAGGACAUUUGUGUGCUUUUACUGGUUAGUACUGAAUCCUCAUGUUAACUGCUGGUAGGUGUGUGAUAUGCUGCGUUUUUAAAAAGAAAAGGUGAAUUCUGCCGUUCUCAUAAAGAUGCUGGGAAAACAUUAUCAACUCCUCUUCCCUUUCCCUCUCCACCGCUCAGCGAUCCAACAAAAGACGUUCCUUCAGAAUGAUCAGGGGAUUUGGGAGGAAAUUAAAAAAAGACAGAGAAUCCAUGUAAAAUUAGGCCUAAAUUUGGAAUAAUUCCCCCUUUAGACCAGAGAGUGAUUAGGUUUUCAAUUUUUUUGCUGUUGUCAUUUUCUGAAGCCAAGAUUUCCGACGUUUUUGUUUGCUUUUGUCUGCUCAGAAACAAAAACGGAAAGAUGGGGAACCAACCGCCACUUCGCUAUGUCCCCAUUUUCCUUUGUGAUCUGUGUUAAUCGGUUUUGCUGUGUCUGUGAUAACGUGUGUGUGUGUUUUAUGCCUGUGAGUUAAGAAUUAACUCAUGCUAUAGAGCCAGUUCAUGUUGAUGGAUAGCACAACAAUGGCCAGUCCUGGAGGAACAGCAACGGGAAGAAGAGAGAGAGGGAAAGCCCCUUUCUUUUUUUUCAGUAUUCAAGCUGUGAUUGGUUCCUCAUUGCUGCUGCUGCUGCUGCUUCCUCAUUUGGCACAGCUCCCAGUGCAUUCUGGGAUUGAGAUUUCCCAGUGGUGAGAAUCAAACUCCAUCUGCUGAGCUGACACACACACUCACUCAGAAACAUUGGAAGCAGUACAUCCAGUCAGAGGCUUAUCUAAACAAGCACACAGCAAACAAACACGUCUGGUAAUCAGGCCGGAAAA